UUAUUUAUCUAGAGAGGACGCCUUCCCUCGCCUUUCGUCAAGGGAUUGGGGACUAGUAAAGCCCUUGUUCCAGGCCGAGAUGUAUCGGCUGUCGUCAAAGAGCCAUGCCUGGGUGCCUAAUGCUUGGCUUCCCCAUGUAGGCCAGUUCACCAAUAUAGUCUUUCUUUCGGUCGUUGGUCUUUGUUCCUAUUUGAGUAGAGGUAGUUUUCCAUAGACUUUCACUCAACAUCGUUUUUCUUUUUUCUUCUACUAACCCUUGGUUCUGUAGAUUCUGCCAUGGAUCGUUUAUCCUCCGAGGAAAAGGGCGUAGUGGACGUACCCGCUUGGCUGUCCGAGGUAUACACUGAGGACAUUCUCAAGGCCGUGGAGGCCAAGAAAAAGGACUCCUCCAAGAAGUCCGACGAGGGUGCCUCUGGUGACGUCGCCAAGGAGCCCACUUCGUCAGCUACGAAGAAGCGUCCUGCAUCUUCAACGGUGGCUCCUAAGCCAAAGCGGCCCUUCUUUAAGAAGAUGGGUACGUCCGAUGCUGCAGUAAAGCCGUCGGUAUCAAAACCGUCUGCUCCUCUAGCUGGGGGAGAGGUUCUCCUUAACCAGGCGUCCAUUCCUCCAUCUGAGCAUAAGGAAGUCUCUCCCCAGGUGGACACUGAAUGGGAUUCCGCUGCCAGAGCGGCUGCUGACGAAGUAGCAGCUGAACAGGCUGAGGCUGCUGACGCCACCACCUCGUCCAAGGAGGACAAGGGUAAAGGCAAGGAAGUUGGCGCUCCUUCUACUGAUAAUGCCUCCAUGCCUCCUCCAGCUUCGCCGAUUGGUUAGUGUUUCUAUACUUUUAAUCUGUUAUGUCAAGUCGGUAUUUGCAUGAUGUUUGAUAUCUUGACGUUUGGUUUAGUUGAGAUGUUCAAACGGAUGCGGCGUGCCGAGGUGGCGAGCAUCCCUCCUUCUGACGGUUUUAGCUCAGAGGCGAAGGAUAAGAUCCUUUCGGACGUGUAUGCGGCCAUUCCUGAGGAGUAUGUGAGGUCACUCCCCGGGAUUGAC